CUGUUUACCUUUUGGCUUCAAGAUGAACUUGAAACUAGGAAUACUACUCUCUGUAAUCUUCCCACUUUUGGCAUUCUCAGCAAAUGGAAUCGAAUUCGAAGCCUGCAGCCCUCCUGGAGAGUCCAUUAAUGCUGCUAGUGGUCACAUUUCCAGCCUCAAUUUUCCCAACAACUAUGACGCAAACAGGAUUUGUACCUGGAAUAUCACGGUACCCGGUGGGAAAAUCAUCAAACUGACCUUCUUGAAUUUUACCCUGGUAGCAGGUGAAAACAAUGACUGUACUGGAGCGGCAGCAGAUAGUGCCCGAGUCUUCAUCACAAACGUUGCCUCUCAUGGAGGAAAUCCUAAUGAUUUUAAGAUCUGUGGUCAAAAGCUUCCCCCUCCUGUGUACUCCGAAGGAAAUUUCAUUCAAGUGAGAUUUGAAUCUCGCACCGGCCCUGUAAACAAAGGGUUCAAUGCAACCUUUGAGGCGAUAGAUGGAGAUUCACUGUGCCCAACAGAUGUGAUCCUCGAUGAAACAUCAGGUUCUUUCUCCUCUCCCUUUAAUCCAAGAAACUAUCCAUUCAACCAGACGUGUAGCUGGAGGAUUAUAGGGAAGCAAGGAUACCGUGUUGAGCUCACAUUACCAGACUAUAAUAUUCAACGUUGUGGUGGCAUUGCUUGCUCGUGUGAUUAUAUGGAAGUCCAGAAUAGCUUCAGUGAUCAAGUGCCGCCUGGA